UCCUCGCCAUCUUGUUGCAAAGCCUUUUCUUGUCGGCGGGACUCCUGGGGGCCGCGGGGCGGGAGGCAUCAGAAGAGAGGAAGAGAGGGAGGGGAAGGAGGGAGGCGGUGCCGCCUUUUUUUUUUUGCAUCAGAUUUUUUUUAAAUUUGCAAAUUACGUUUUGCAAAUAUCUGGGGAGACAUUGAUUUUUCUUCCUGUGCUCCCCCGUUCUUCUCUGCGGAGUGCGCUGCGCCGCCCAGUCCUGUCGCCCCCCGGAGGUGAUCCCUCCCUCCUGCCUGCCCGCCAGCCUGACCUGUGCCCGGCUCGCGGGCCGCAGUCUCGGCCCCGGCGCGCCCCCGGCAGCUCUCGGAGCGAUGAGCAUAGAGACGCUACUGGAGGCGGCCCGCUUCCUGGAAUGGCAAGCGCAGCAACAACAGAGAGCACGUGAGGAACAGGAGAGGCUUCGCCUGGAGCGGGAGAGGGAACAGGAGCAGAAGAAGGCCAGCAGCCUGGCGCGGCUGGCCCACACCAUGCCAGUGGAGGAGCCCCGCACUGAGGCACCGCCCUUGCCUCUGUCACCGCCGGCCCCUCCGCCGGCCCCCCCGCCACCACUGGCCACCCCCACCCCACUGACUGUCAUUCCUAUUCCAGUAGUGACCAACUCCCCUCAGCCUCUGCCCCCACCCCCGCCACUACCUCCCACGGCCCAGCCUCUGCCCCUGGCGCCUCGCCAGCCAGCCCUGGUCAGCACCCCUGGACUCAGCAUUAAGGAGCCUGCCCCCCUUCCCACCAGGCCGCAGGUGCCCACUCCUGCUCCUCUCCUGCCGGACUCCAAGGCCACCGUUCCGCCCACUGGCAGCCCCAAGCCCUUGCAGCCCCUGCCCACCCCCAUCCUGACCAUUGCGCCACACCCCGGAGUCCAGCCCCAGCUGGCUCCCCCACAGCCACCUCCAUCCACGCUUGGGACCCUGAAGCUGGCACCCGCUGAAGAAGUCAAAUCCAGUGAACAGAAGAAGAGGCCUGGGGGAAUCGGAACCAGAGAAGUCCACAACAAGCUGGAGAAGAACAGGAGGGCCCAUCUCAAGGAAUGCUUUGAGACCCUGAAGCGCAACAUCCCCAACGUGGACGACAAGAAGACAUCGAAUCUGAGCGUGUUGCGGACGGCGCUGCGGUACAUUCAGUCCCUGAAGAGGAAGGAGAAAGAAUACGAGCAUGAGAUGGAGCGGCUGGCGCGGGAGAAGAUUGCCACACAGCAGCGGCUGGCGGAGCUCAAGCACGAGCUGAGCCAGUGGAUGGACGUUCUGGAGAUCGACCGCGUGCUCCGGCAGACGGGCCAGCCUGAGGACGACCAGGCCUCCACCUCCACAGCUUCUGAGGGUGAGGACAACAUAGACGAGGACAUGGAGGAGGACCAGGCUGGCCUGGGUCCACAUAAGCUGAGCCAUCGCCCCCACCCGGAGCUGCCGAAGCCACCGCCCAGCACGGCCCCCGCACCUCUGCCUCCGCACCCACACCCGCACGCCCAGCCUGUGGCCCUGUCUCCUGCCCACCUCCCUGGGCAGCAGCCCCCGCCACAGCAGAAGACACCUCUGCCGGCCCCUCCGCCCCCACCAGCGGCCCCGGCCCAAACGCUGGUGCCCGCCCCGGCCCAUCUCGUGGCGGCCGGGGGAGGGUCCACGGUCAUUGCCCACACCGCCACCACCCAUGCCUCAGUCAUCCAGACUGUGAACCACGUUCUCCAGGGGCCGGGGGGCAAGCACAUCGCCCACAUCGCGCCCUCGGCCCCCAGCCCUGCUGUGCAGCUGGCCCCGGCCACGCCCCCCAUCAGCCACAUCACGGUGCACCCUGCCACCCUCAACCACGUGGCCCACCUUGGCUCCCAGCUGCCCUUGUACCCGCAGCCCGUGGCAGUGAGCCAGCCGGUGGCUGUGAGCCACAUCGCCCACACCCUCUCACACCAGCAAGUGAAUGGCACAGCUGGGCUGGGGCCCCCGGCCACGGUCAUGGCGAAGCCAGCCGUGGGGGCUCAGGUGGUGCACCAUCCCCAGCUGGUGGGCCAGACAGUGCUCAACCCUGUGACCAUGGUCACCAUGCCCUCCUUCCCGGUCAGCACACUCAAGCUGGCUUGAGGAUGAGGCCGCUCAGAGGCCCCCGGUGGGGGCAGGGAGGGAGACCCGUCCCCGACUCUCCCACCCACCAGCUCCACACAUUCCAGCCAGGCCCAGGCCCGCCCCACCCACACCCACCCCCAGGCCUCCUAGGGGAAGGGGGUGCAGAGACUCUGAGCCAGGGGAGGGAGGGGGCCCAGGGAGCCGGACACACGUCAGGGGUCACCCCGCUGCACUAGGACUUGACAAAGUGCCGAGACACGCUCUGACCCACGUGCCACCUGUCCGGCCUGGUGCCUGCUCCAGGGCCGUCCCCGUCCCCCACCCGUCCCCUGACACCAGUGUGAUGUGGAUGUCGUGUUCUUCCGCCUGCCCCGCCCUGCCCGCCUUCCUCUGCUGCUGCUGCUGCUAUCGCUGUGUCUGGCGAGACGGCCGGGCGCCCGGGCCCUCCCCUCCCGAGCCUCAGCCUUCUCCUUCCAGGGUUCUGAAGGGGGAUGUGGGGAAGCAGGACUCAAGCAACUUGGCCCUGAUAUCCAGGGGGACUGGAGAGUACUCUGAGUGCAGGGGACAAGUCCUAGGAGGUGGCUUGUGUGGCGUCGCUCCAGACAGGUGGGUCCUCCGGCCUGGGGCUCUCCAGGCUGGUUGCAGUCAUUGUGAUUGACCAUAACGAGCUAGUUAAGACAGUUCUAUACCAAUAGUAAACCAAACCCAAGCCCUUGCCAAGCUUCCAAGCCCCCCCAACCGCCCUGCCAUUGGGCUCCUGACUUCAAGAGGGCAGAUUGAGGGCAGGGGCGAGGAAGGAGGGACUUGACUAUCUCCCCCAGCCACCCUGUUGACCUCCAGCCAGGUCUGGCCUGGGAGGAGGGUGCGCUGGACCCUCUCCCCAUCCCUGGACUUGACUUUGGCUUCCAGAAGAUAGAAAGGAGGCCUGGGUUCUGCUCCGUGCUCUGCACUCCCUGGAGGGAUGAGUGUGCCUGGACACCUCCUGCUGCCUAGGAGACAGGACCAGCGUCUGGUCUGGGUUCCAGGAACCUGGCGCCGCGUGGGUGAGGUAAUCAGGAGGUUACAGUCCAGGGGCUCGGCCCUGGGGACCUGUGGGGAGCAAGCAUGGCCAGGCCACAGAGGACUGUUGCUUCCGCCCCAGCUUCCCCAUCCCUGGGCUCAUCUUUCUUUGCCCUGAAUGCCUGCUGUCUCCGGCAGGCUGUUUUGCAUGUGCCCUCCCCCAGGGGGCGCUGCUGUGUGCCACCCCCUUCCUGCGAGGAAAGGCCCUCAUUUGGGCCGCUGGCAGGGCUGAGCUUGGGGUGGGGAGGAGUGAGGGGGCCUGUGUGUGAAGGCCACUGCUUUCCAUGCCUUCGCCUCAGCAGACUGCUUUGGCUGCUCUUUUUAUGUGGGUAUUUAUUACAAGUGGCCUUGUGUCGGACACACUCAGUUACACACGUGCACACUCGGCUCCCCACCUGGACACACUCACCAGUGGCCUUUCAGAGUGUGUGGAGGUGGGGGAGCCAGUGAUCCUGGGUGUGAAGUUUGCAAUGACAGGCUGGGGCGGGGUGGGGGGGUGUGGAGGUCCCGUGGUUCACAGAGGAGGCCGACAAAGGUCUUGGGUAGAUUGAGCCACCUUGGAACUCCCUUUCAGUUUCUGGUCCUGGAGACCUUCCUGGAGACUGUUUCUUGUCUCCCAGGGUGGAGAGACUUACAGAUACGUUAGAGGUUUCUAGGAGGCGAUGCUGUCCCCCACCUCCCCCCAAUCCAAAUGCAGCUCCCAUCGCAUAAGCUUGCUGCCUUUCUGCACCUGCAGCUGCUGCCACUAUCACCCUAUUUGGGGGGGAGCUGGUUUUCUCUUCCUGGUGUGAUGACAUUGGAAAGAGCAGAGAGAGGAGGGCAGGCUGGCCCCCAGGAACAGAAGCACUGGCAAGCCGCCCUCCUCUCAGGCCUGCUCACCUUGAAAUUGUUCUGUUAGCCAGUUGCCCCUCGGGCCUGCACAGAUACCUCAUCCGCCCGCUGCCCGUGUCCCUCCCCGCCCCCUACUGCGGCAGUGGGGGGCCUUGGAAUCUAGUGCCGAAUGACUAUGUCCAGAUUGGUGACAAUGGGUGUUGUUGCUGUUGUUUUUGUUGUUGUUCGUGAACGCUGUGAUGCCGUGUGCCCGAGAGGGCAGCCGCCACCCAGCCCUUCCUUGGGCCUCUCCCCUCUGAGCGCUGUGGGGACCACAUCUGUCCUCACCCCAUGGGACCGCCUGCCCCUCCCCUCCCUAGCCCUUCCAGCCUGGGGGACACACGUGUGUGUGUAUGCGCGUGCACACACACACACACACACACACACACACACAUAUCUUACCUCUCAUGCGUGUUUUACUUUUUGAUGUUCAGAGUGGCUCACUGGCUGGGAGUCUUUACCUCGGGGAGAGGGGGAGGUUGGUUCCUAGGAGGGCCAAAGAAGGGCAGGGAAUUCCUGGAAGGGAAUUGGGGGGUCACCAUAACCCCUGCCCUCUCCAGGAACAGCUUCUUCUCCCCAUCCCGGAGUCCCGCCCCCAUGCCCCCACCCCCACAAAGAGGUGGCCCUUGUUUACAGUGAGGACUCGGUCACUGUGUCUCCGUUUCCUGAAAUAUAAAUUGUAGCGACCCCAGACUGUAGAGAUUUUUAUGUGUUUGGAUACAUCUGCUGUGUGGGAAAAAAACUACAAAAACCCUAAUUUUGUACAUAUUGUAUUUUUACUAUGGAACUGUAUUCUAGUGGCUGUUCAUGCUCCAAGACGUUAGGUAUUGAGACAUGAAUACUAUCCAUGUAAUAAGCACUUGCCUGGAAUAAAAUAUAAAAUUGAAAUAAACCUGCACUGAAACCCGAGACGGAGCUGCCA